UUUCAGAGAAGCUGCCAAAGUUAACAUCCCUCUUUCUUCAGCUUUCUUCUCUUCCCUUCCUUCAUCUUUUACCAAGAACGAACUUCCCGACAAACCACUGAACAAUGAUCUCGUUCAUGGAAUCGGCAAGAAACUUUAUGGAUACUCCAGGGUUCAACUGGAAAUCCCUCAUCAUUGGAUUCACCGUCUCGAACUUUGUCUUUGACACGUAUGUGAAGAUCCGCCAGAUCCGUUGUGUCGAGAUGAACGGCAACAAGAUCCCAGCCGAGCUCGCAGCCUACAAAAUCGACUCUGACACAGUCAUAAAAUCUAGCAAGUACAGUCUCUCCAAGUUAAAAUUCUCCAUCUUUGCUGGUAUCUUCGAUCUUAUCGAAAAUGUCGCUUUCUUCAAGUUCGACGUCUUGCCCUCACUCUGGCUUAAGGCCGGCAGUGCAUUGGCUUCUAUUGCCUCAUACGUCCCCUCUUUGAGCUCGUGGUUGACCGGAAGCGUCAUUUCUCAGAGCUUAAUGUUCAUGGGCCUCUUCAUGGGCGUUUCCAUCGUUUUGGGCACUCCAAUCAAGUACUACCAGAAUUUUGUUCUCGAAGAAUCCUACGGCUUCAACAAGCUCACAAUUAAGUUGUGGAUCUCAGACACAAUCAAACAGUUCCUGUUGACAUGUGCACUGGGCGGACCAAUAUUGGCAGCGUUCUUGAAGAUCAUGUACAUCUACGGCGACUCUUUCAUGUAUUACCUUUCCGUAUUCCUAUUUGUCGUCCAGAUCUUCUUCAUCAUCAUCUAUCCAAAAUUCAUCCAGCCAUUGUUCAACACCUUAACACCUUUGGAAGAUGGCGAGUUGAAAAACGAAAUUGAAAUCUUAGCCAAGAAAAACAGCUUCCCAUUAGAUAAGCUCUACGUCAUCGACGGGUCCAAGCGCUCCGGCCAUUCCAAUGCCUACUUCAUGGGUUUGCCAUGGGGAUCCAAACAGAUUGUGUUGUUUGAUACCUUGAUUCAUCAUUCCACAAUCGCCGAAGUCGUCUCCGUUCUAGGUCACGAAAUCGGUCACUGGAAACUAAACCAUACCUCGAAGCUGAUGGUCAUUGGCGAAUUACACAUGUUUUCGAUUUUCACAAUCUUUUCCGUCUUCAUCAAGAAUAAAUCUUUCUACAACUCCUUUGGAUUCGGACUACCUAACGGAAUAACAGAGAUGCCAGUCAUGAUUGGAUUUCUACUAUUUGGCGAUGUCUUGAGACCUCUCGACGCAGCCAUGGAGUUCGUCAUGAAUUUGAUCUCCCGUGUUUACGAGUACCAAGCAGAUGAAUAUGCUGCAAAACAAGGUUACUCAGAAGAUUUGAAAACAGCAUUGGUCAACUUGCACAAGGAGAACUUGUCGAGUUUAGUUGUCGACGGCUUAUAUUCUGCCAAAGAAUACAACCACCCAACCUUAGGUGAAAGAAUUUCUGCUAUCGACCGCUACGUGGAAGAAUCUAAGAAGGAGAAAUAAGUUUUAGCUUGUGCAGAGAAAAACUGUCAGCAUGUGUUAGCUCUUGUAUACUUAUACCAGUAAUAAGGUACUUUACUGAAUUGAUUUUCAACGACAUUUCCCCGCAAUCAGUUUGCUUACAACUGUACUCAUUAAAAGUAGUAGAUGCA